AUGUCGUCAACAGCAGUUUCCAUUCUCGAUCAUCUUGAUAAAGUGGCUGUCCUCUCCGCAGGACUAUUUGCUGGCACAGCGUUAUAUAUGACUAUUGGUGAAGUACCGGCUAUGCGAGCAAUCGGCGGUGACAUACAAUGGCGAUUUUUUCCCUACAUGUACGAACGAGCAGCUGUAUCACAAGCUAGUUUCGCUGUAUUAGCUGGUGUAGCAGGUGUUUUACAUGGAACACGUAUCGUUCGUGCACCAUUUUAUCGUAAUUUAUGGAUCGCUGCUGGAGCCAUAUUUAUUGGCGUAAUUCCUUAUACUGUUAUUUGUAUGCUUCCAACCAAUCUCCGUAUUAUUAACGAUAAUAAACGUAUUCAAGCAGGAAGCGAAAGUCAAAUUAAUGCUGCUACACAAAAAGAACUACUUGACAAAUGGGCUUUACUUCAUCUUGUUCGCACUGUUGGUUCACUCGUCGGUUUUACUGCUAUGGCGUUUGGACUUAGUCAACAUAAAUCACUUCUUUUACGUUGGUAG